UUUUUCCAGCAUGGCUACAAGGAGGGCUAUUCUCACGGACGGACUCACGGCCUCAUUGAAGGACGGGCGUUGGGCAAAGAGAAGGGGCUAGAAAUUUGGGAAGAGGUUGGGUACUACAAAGGGUUUUCAUCAUUCUGGAGAGCUGUAUAUCAGAGGCCACCGAAGGAUCCCAAUUCGCGUGCCUUGCAUCACAUCAAGUUCAUCCUAUCUGCUAUUGAUCGCUUUCCAACGGUAAACCCAUCGAACCAGCAUGCGGAAUCAUCUGUCGAUAUCGCGAAGCUUCUAACCCUUAUCCGAUCUCGCCACAAGGCUCUGUGCGCCAUCUUGGGUGUGAAACCACGUCUGACUGUUGUGGAAGCCGAUGAUCGGAGAGGUAGUGCGGAUGAAGAUUCUUUGGAGGGUAGCAUGAACCACAACAGAGCCAAGAGGAACAUUUGGAGGCUGGACAAUCCGGAGAAGUCGGGAUCGUUGAGCUAUUGA